UGAGAGAGAGAGAGACUUUAAACUUUCAGGAUGAGCAUGAGCCGAAGCUACCUUCAACAACCCACAGAUAAAGAACUAAACUAAGCGGCACCCAUAUCCAAACCUGCCUUUAACUGCUUCAUACUACUUUCAAAAAGAAAAAUCUUCCAUUUGAACCUUCAAGGUUGGAUUGUUGUCCAAGAAUGGCUACUGGGAAAGAAGAUUCGAGGAAGAAGAAGCCAACAAUCACACUGCCACCUCGUCCAUCCAUGGAGAGCUUGUAUGGAGUCACCGGGUUCAGCCCUGGACCCAUGACUUUGGUCUCAAGUUUCUUUGCUGAGGAGUCAAAUUACCAAUCUUUCUCUCAGCUUCUUGCAGGGGCCAUGGCUUCACCAUUGGCGAGACCAAGUCCAAUUCAAACACCGAGCUUUUGGGUUGAUAAUGGUCGAAAUGGAGAUGAUAAGGAUGGCGAUGAAAAGGGUAGUUUUAGUUUUAAAGAUAACAGGCCGAGGAGUUUGGUGGUGGCUGAUAAUUCCCCCUUUUUUACUGUUCCUACUGGGUUAAGCCCUUCCGGGUUGCUUAAUUCACCUGGUUUCUUUCCACCUCAGAGUCCCUUUGGAAUGUCCCACCAGCAGGCAUUGGCACAGGUUACGGCUCAAGCUGUACUAGCCCAAUCCAAUAUGCAAACGCGAGCUGAAUAUCAACCUGCACAAGUACCAGCUCCUGCAGAGUCAUUGGCACAUCAUCAAUCUUUAACUCUAGAUGAAGCUUCACAAAAGCAGACGCAACCUGCAAACUCGGACCCUCAAAGUUCUUUGAUGGAAACAUCAGAGGUCUCUCAGUCUGAUGGAAAGCACCUGAAUCCUUCUCUUGCUGUGGAUAAACCUGCUGAUGAUGGCUACAACUGGCGUAAAUAUGGACAGAAGCCAAUUAAGGGCAGUGAAUUUCCGAGAAGCUACUACAAAUGUACACACCUGAAUUGCCCUGUCAAAAAGAAGGUCGAGCGUUCCUCUGAGGGCCAAAUAGCUCAGAUUAUUUACAAAAAUGAGCACAACCAUGAAAAGCCUCAACCCAGUAGACGUGCAAAAGAUGGUAGUGAUGUAAAUGAAAACAUAAAUUCUCAGGCUAAGCCUGACCUUGUUUUGCAAGGUCAAAAUGUUCCUGCUCAUUCAGUUCCAGGAAAUAAUCAGGUGUCUAUUCAAGCAGCUCCCAUAAAGAUUUCAGAGUCAAGUGACAGUGAGGAACUAGGCGAUGCAGAUAAUAGAAAAGAGCGGGAUGAUGAUGAGCCAAAUCCAAAGAGAAGGAACAUUGCUGGGGAACCAGAGAUAACCGUGUCACAUAAGACAGUCACAGAACCAAAGAUCAUUGUGCAAACAAGAAGUGAAGUUGAUCUUUUAGAUGAUGGGUACAGAUGGCGCAAGUAUGGGCAGAAAGUGGUCAAAGGGAAUCCUCAUCCAAGGAGCUAUUACAAAUGCACCAGUGCGGGAUGUAAUGUCCGUAAACAUGUUGAGAGAGCUCCAAAUGACCCCAAAGCUGUCAUAACUACAUACGAGGGGAAGCAUAAUCAUGAUGUCCCAGCUUCAAGAAAUAGCAGCCAGACUGCAGCCAACAAUGCACCACAGUUAAAAGCACAAAACACGGUGACACAGAAGCACCCAUUACUUAAAGACAUGGAGUUCGGAAACCAUGACCAAAGACCAGUGCUUCUGCGGUUAAAAGAAGAGCAAGUCAUCGUGUAAACUUCUCUUCCAAAACCCUUUUAGAAUCACCACAAGACCGUUCAGCGAUGCUUCCAUCAAUGGGCUACGAUGUGAAGAGGCAUUGCAAAGUACAAAUUAUAUGGAAGAGCAUGACCUGUUCAUUACACCAGCUUCUUACAUCUGUAUACGAGCCAUGCUGCCCAGAUCACCUGUACAUUUGAAUCCAUAAGUACUAUCAUUGUAUAUGAUCUUUCACACGUAAGGGCAGAUGUUCACUUAAAUGUAGUUAGACUUGUCUGGUUUGCUUUAGCCCUUGUUCCUUUCUGCUAGCAUUAGCUGUUUCACAACUCUGGGUGCAAAAAGGAACAGAACCGUAUGUUUCUCGUUCCUUUUCCAGAAAAAAAUUGCAGCCAUUUGUAGAUUGCUUCCAUUUUGUGGAGAACUAUAUGUAUGAAUCCACUUUCAUGUAUCUAAGUCAUUAUUUAAAACGCCUUGAGUGUUUCAUCA